CCAAUAUCAAGAAAAUAAUUAGACUUGAUCAAACUUCUGAUGAACACGAAAUCUUUUCUGUGGAAUUUGUGAGCUUUGUUCUCAAAGUUCUAAAUGGUUUAAAAGAAAAUGAAAAAAAUCUAAUCACUAGACGUACCUUUAUCAUGAGAUGCAUGGAUAUUAUUCCUUUGGAAUUACCUGUUCUGCAACGCCUCUAUCAAGAAAUAUUUUCACAUGAACAUUUUCCUUUGAUCGGAUCAAUAAUAAGUCGCAUCUUCCUAAAAGAAGAAAAUGAAAAUGAAAAUACUUUCUUUACGCUGUUCACAAAUACUCAAAGAAUUUUAGAUCUUUCUUCUCGAUUACACAUUAUUAGUACAUGCUUAAAGAUCAAAAAUGCUAAUUCUCCCAUGGCAGCCUUGUGCUGUGACAUCAUUCAGCAAAACUAUUUUUCAUCUCUAGAGAUGGCAGAGAUAAUAGAAUACUUCAAACCCAUCGCUAAAACAUUAAUUGUUACGAGAGUAGAACCUUUGCAACAAAUUUCAGCAAUAGCCUUUCUCAAAGAAUUUGUCGGACUUAUUAUGACUUGUCUUUAUAUGUUCAGGGCUUCAUGUGAGUGGGGCCCAAAUGAAACUCGAGUGGCGGAAUUCUCAAGAACUAUUUUCACAAUGAACAGCUUACCCACCAUUUAUAGACAAACAGUCGACAAAAUGUUGUUAAAUAGACAUCCCCUGCUUUUUAUUACUAGUAAAAUAGACAAUGAAACAUUAAUGAUGAAAUCAGUGAUAGCACAUGCGAUAGCUUUACAUAUUUCCAUGUCACCGGAUGCCUUACUUCUUGCCACACUCUUGCACAAAUUAGACACAUGUCAAAAUAAAUAUAUACUGGUGUGCAUUUCAGAUGUAGAUUCAGUUGUAUUGAAUAUCGUCAUAGUGAAUGGAGGUCAGAUUGCUAGGUAA